AUGCGUUUGUUCACAGUAGAGUGCUGGCUUCCAGCAUUGCUUGGACUCCAAGCUAUUGUGGUUAAUGGCCAAAGCUCUUCUUCACCCAACUGUACAAUCAAAACGCAAUUCUUCACGCAGCUAGUUGACCAUAAUUCGACUACAAAUGGGACUUUUCAACAACAGUAUCAGAUCAUCAAACCUCACUUCAAGCCUGGGGGUCCAAUCUUUUACUAUCAGCAAGCCGAGACUGCAACAUUUGCCUGUUUGGUAUAUAGAAGAACAAAAUGGGCUCAAGAAGUCAGCGGCAUGGUCAUCAGUCUCGAGCACCGUUUCUUUGGCCUCAGCGAUGCGUCAAACGCCACAGAUCCCAUCGAAAAGUACAAGUCUCUAACUCUUGAGAAUGUCAUGCUGGAUGCCGUGACCUUUGUCAAUCAUAUAAAGCAUACUAUCCCUGGAGCUAAAGAUAGCAAGGUUAUUGUUUCUGGAGGCUCAUAUGGUGGCUUCUUGACUACCGUACUCAAGAUGAAUUAUCCUGAAGUGUUCUUUGGAGCUGUUCCGUACGCUCCGCCCCUCCGAUCAAUUGGAGCAAACUACCAGAACCCGAGGCGAUACGACUGGUUCAAUUGGGUCAACCAAGUCUACUGGGAUUUGUCUGCAGCGGCGGCUACCAAGAUGAGGGAUGCUUUCGCUUUGCUGGCAAAACGUUUCCAAAACUUGGGCGAGGUAGAAGACAUUGCGAAAGAUCUCAAUCUCUGCAACGUCCCAAAGACAGCAGCAGACCUUCAGUUGGUAAUGGGAGUCAUUACUACCAACGCCGAACUGAUUCCCUUGCUCAGUUACAGCAGCCCAGAUGCAAACCCUUUCGGCGCUACUCCCGAAAAAAUGGUCAACAUAUCUCUUAGUGCAAAGAACCCGAUCGACAUUGUUAACGCAACUCUGACUUUGAGAAACCCGCCUAAUCUAGUUCCUUGCAUCUCCUGGGAUUCAGAUGAAUCUUCGGAAGCAUCUCUUCAGAAAGCUCCUUUUAACUACCUUGUAUGCAAUUACUUCCCAUUGAGCAGCAAUGAGAUUCUCGAGGGAAAUAUCUACCCCCCAACAUCUGUUCAAACGGAAUCGGAUCCUAUGACUUGCGAGACGCUAUACAAGCUUAUUCCCCCAACUCAAGAGGAAGUUGAGGCAAAGUGGCACAUCUCACGAGCAGACCUAAUCCAAGCGCCUCGUAUCAUAUUUGCAUAUGCAGAGAACGAUCCUACAACUGGUGUUGGUAUUCAUCCAUUUCCUCCUUCGCCGGACCGCAACGCUUCCAGAUGGAUGAUCACUAGCCAGGCUGCGCAUGGCGAGGAGUCUAUUGCGUCUUUUUCAGGCGAUAAACCAAGCGUUGUCCACGCGAGACGAGUACAGUUGGAGACGAUCAAGGAGUGGCUUGGACUUUACUGA